UCCAGUCUCCACCAAGAGAAUAAUGUGUACAUGAAGGAGAGGCUUGGAUUGGCUGCCAGGGUAUAAUAGCACAGUAAAUUUGCAUGUAUAAAGCAAUAAGCGAAGAGCUUUCAAACUAAAUCCCAGGUAUUACCUGCUGAUGGGAGAAAGUGAACACCCAAGUAUGAAGAGACAGACUGCAAAUAUUGCAACAAGUUUCUUGGAAAGGAUGUCCAGAGAUGGUCAAAAUGAUGUGAAUCCAGACUUUCUGAAAACUCCACCAGCCUCCAGUCUGUGGCAGGAUAAGGACAACCAAGAGUCUCUCACUGAACAGGAUGGAGCAGAUUUCUCCAACAUUUUUGCAAAAGACUUGCUGCCAGCAAAUAAUGGUGAGGAACCGACCAUGCGGUUUUUAAUGGAGGUCUUUGAAAUUCUGCUGAAUUACAUCAGGAAAACAUUCGACAGGACAUCAAAGGUUCUGGACUUCCACCACCCCCACCAGUUUCUCAAAGGAAUGGAGGGUUUCACUCUGGAGCUGCCUGAUCAUCCAGAAUCUCUUGAACAGAUCCUGGUCGACUGCAGAGAUACAUUAAAAUAUGGAGUCAAAACAGGCCACCCUCGCUUUUUCAAUCAGCUCUCAAGUGGACUGGACGUGGUCGGGUUGGUGGGUGAAUGGCUGACAUCUACAGCGAACACAAACAUGUUCACGUUUGAAAUUGCUCCAGUGUUCACCAUCAUGGAAGAGGUCCUUUUGAAGAAAAUGUCUACAGUGCUUAGAUGGUCCCAUGAUGAAAGUGACGGGAUUUUCUUAGCCGGUGGGGCCAUGUCAAACCUGUACAGCAUCUUGGCUGCUCGUUACAAGCGAUUUCCUGAAGUGAAGACUCAAGGAGUAGCCAAUUUUCCCAGGAUGGUCUUAUUUACUUCAGAGCUUGGUCAUUACUCAAUCAUGAAAGGAGCUAUGGUACUUGGGAUUGGUACAGAUAAUGUGAUUCCAGUAAAAUGCAACAGCAGAGGGAAGAUCAUUUCAGCUGAAUUGGAAGCAAGUAUCAUUGAAGCUAAGCAAAAGGGUUUUGUUCCUUUGUAUGUCAAUGCUACAGCUGGAACCACUGUGUAUGGAGCAUUUGAUCCUCUCAAUGACAUUGCGGAUAUUUGCGAAAAGCACAACCUUUGGAUGCAUGUUGAUGCAGCUUGGGGUGGUGGCCUACUGAUGUCACAGAAACAUCGUUAUAAAUUAACAGGGAUUGAGAGAGCCAAUUCUGUUACGUGGAAUCCACACAAGAUAAUGGGGGUCCCUCUGCAGUGUUCCGCAAUUCUAAUCCAUGAAAAGGGUUUGCUCCAGGACUGCAAUAAAAUGGGUGCACAGUACCUGUUCCAAAAUGACAAGCUGUAUGAUGUAUCAUAUGAUACAGGAGAUAAAACCAUUCUGUGUGGUCGUCAUGUCGACGUCUUCAAAUUCUGGUUGAUGUGGAAAGCAAAGGGCACAUCAGGCUUUGAGAAGCAAAUCAAUAAAUGUCUCGAACUGGCAGAAUAUCUCCACAGCAAACUCAAAAGAAGAAAUGAUUUUAAGCUGGUGUUUGAUGACAAACCUGAGCACACCAAUGUCUGCUUCUGGUACAUUCCACCAAGUCUCCAAGAAAUGCCUGAAAGUGCAGAGAGGGAUAGCCAGCUUCAUCAGGUGGCACCAAAGAUUAAAGGUCGGAUGAUGGAGGAGGGGUCAUUGAUGGUCGGGUACCAGCCACAAGGGCACAAUGUGAAUUUCUUCCGCAUGGUCUUUUCGAAUCCAGCUACAAACAAAUCCGAUGUCGACUUCCUGAUUGAAGAGCUUGCGAGACUUGGGAAGGAUUUAUAACAAGCGAGCAAAUGAAUUAGAAGCAGAAUUAGACCAUUCAACCCCUCAAAAAUGCUUCAGCAUUUAGUAAGGUCAUAGCUGAUCUAUUUGUGUUUCAAAUUCCAUAUUCCCCUCUAUCCCCAGUAAUCCUUCAUUCCCUUGUCCAGCAAGAACCUAUUCCUCGCCUUAAAAAUAUUCGAUGACCACCCAACCCAAGUCACCCUGUACCCCCUCUGCUGAGGCACACAACCCCCCAGGAGUAAAAAUAUAAGCACAUCUCUGUGAUCUAACCUGAACAUGGCCUUUGAUAAAAUGUUAGUGAAACCUUUUUUAGCUUACUUGCUUUUUGAACCAUUUCAUUUUGGAGAAAAUUUGUGCUCCCAGUGCCAUCGAAUCAAACCAAGCAGUUAGAAUAUUGGCUUUAAAGAACUAAGCAAGUUAAUGCCAUCAUUAACUGAGGAACUCGCUGUGUUAUUUCACAGGGCAAGCUAAGGGUUAACCACAUUACUGUGGGUCUGGAGUCACUUGUAGGUGGGACUGGGAACAGGCAAUGGAUUUCCUUCUCAAAAGAUUGGUAAACCAGAUCUGGGGUUUCACAACAGCCAUGGAUACAUGCUCACCACUGCUAACUUAUUUCGUUAAAAUUGUAAAGAUGCAAGAAUUUGAAUCCAUAACAUGAGGUCAUGCUGUUGAAUUAGUCCAAUAACACAACCACUGUGCUACUUGCAUGAAUUUUCUUCUUUGUUGUUUUGGGAAAAGCACAGAGUCUUCUGUCUUUCACACAUUAAUAACAAAAAGAAAUCUGAUUCAGAGAGGCAGGCCAAAGCUUCUCUGCUCCCAUGCUAACAUCACUUUAACCCAUCAUCUAUGUUGAAGCUUUCACUGUGGUCGGUUCGGAGGUACUCCUGAAUGUUUCUGAUGAGCUUUGGUUGUUCCAGUUGUAAUAUGAAGCUAUUUGAUGUGCCACAAUUGACCCAAGCACUGACACUUUGUUAUGGGCUGUGCAGUAGCACACACACAGAUCUUUGAACUGGAAUGCUUUGGGUUCAGAGAAGAUCAAGUGAGUUGUCUCCAGUGUCCUCAUCCACAAUAUUUAUUCCUCAAUCAACAUUAACAAAAACACAGCAGGUUUAAAUUAUCCAGUCAUUAACAGACUAUAAUCUUGAGAAAGUUUGGCAGGUGAAAAUUAGCUGGUGUCUUUCCUUUACUACAAAAGUGAUUGCUCCAUAAAGCACUCUCAGACUUUGUUAAAGAUCACAGCGGGUCAGGCAGUAUCCACGAAAAGAAAGCGUGCUCACGUUUCGGGUCUAGAAGGCUCUUCACCAGAGCUGAUGCACGUUAAUAAAUGUAUUUUUCAAUGCACUUAUAAUGAAUAAGUAAAAGCAUGUGGUAUGUUUUAAUGCUAAUAUAUAAUAACUCUUCUCAGUUUGUAAGCAGUUAAAAUGUAAUAUCUAUUUGUGAGAUUUAAACCAACACCACUCUCGCUGAUUUGACAAGCCAGCAUCAGGAACAGUACAAAACAUUAGUGAAUCCUAAUUGAAUCUAACUUUAACACCGAUACUGCGCUGUCUUUGACAUUCAUCAAUGAGAUGAACAGCAAAUGAAUUUGAUGUGAAAAUUACAAAAUGCUGGGUCUGCAAAG